AUGAACAGAGCAAAAAUGAAAACUUCAAUAAAUGUCUCACGAGAAUUCGUAUUUUGUUUUGGACACAAUUUUCGAAUGUUGAGAGGCUUUCCUGCUUUUCAAAUGUACAUACAUAUAUUGGUAUUCUCUUCUGGUUUUUGCCAUGCUUUAUUUUGCUUAAGCUACGGGUUUACUCACAAGAAACGUCAAAGGUGCUUAAUGAGAAUGUAUAUGGCGUAUCUUUUGAUGUUAGAAAUGUUUGCCAUAGAAAGUUAG